AUGUCUGGUAAGAUUCCAAGACUCUUUGUUCAACUGCCAUCUCAGCUGACAUGGCCGGCCGAUAUAGCCGCCGCAAAUCUCGUGCCUCAAAUGCUCUCCGUAACAGCCACCUUUGCUCCGGCAUUCGCCGCCUACUACGCCCUCCUCAACCUACGUGUCAGCUUGGUGCGGGUGUCGUGCAACACCAUGAUAGGCACCGAUGCCGCCGCCAACACCACCACCACCACCACCAACAAGAGUCAAUCCUCGAGUACAACAACUUCCACGCCAUCGAACAGCCCCGACCCCAGCCACAGCCUCCUCAUCAGCUCCCGCUGCCACGCCAACUUCGUCGAGAACGUCCCCAUUGCGCUCCUCGUAGCGACCUUUGUCGAGUUGAACGGUGGUAACAAAUGGGCCCUGACGGGCUCGUUGGCUGCGCUGCUGUUCUUCAGGAUCGCCCAUGUCGAGUUUGGGUUGAGGGCCAAGGACUCGAUGGGUUGGGGAAGACCGGUCGGUUACUUUGGCACGCUGGGCUUUGUUGUGGGCAUGAGUUCUUAUGCGGCUUGGUUGGCGAGCGGGUUCUGGAGGGCAUAA